CAUCCCAUUCUUACCAAAAUAAACAACGGCAAUACCUAUUAUAUUAAUAAUAUAAGCCAAUGAAGCCUUUCAUCUGCAGCAGCCAUUUCGUCGUUCUCGUUCUGUCCAUCGCCAUCGCCGCCGAGAUGGCGUCCGUCGAGGCAGGUGAUGACUGCUACCACCUGAGCGCAAAGUUCAAGGGGUGGUGCUUGUACCCGGACCACUGCGCGGACGUGUGCUCCACUGAGAGCGACAACAACCUUGGCGGCACGUGCCGCGGCUUCCCGUCUCGUUGCUACUGCAGGGCAUUAUUCUGCCCGCAGGGGCCAAAGGCUGCUCCUAGCACUAUUGCUGCUGCUAGGUCUCCUCCAACCAUUGGAUGAGCCCUGCCCUGAUUUUUUGCCUGGUUCCGGUCGGUAGCCUCGUAGUAGUAAUGUUUGUGGUUGGUGAGGAAGAUCAGUUCGUGACAAUGUAUUGCUGCGCUUCGAUCAGCAUCAGAAUAAAAAAAACAAAGACAUGUUUGGCUGCA